AUGUCAAAUAAAAUAACUUAAAUCAUAAUCGAUCCGAAAUUUUCCUGAUAAUUGACAUCAUUAUAUUGAAUGAUACGUAAUAAAAAUGCUAAAAACGUGUGGGAAGUUGUGCAAGACGGGGAAGCUGGAAAAUUCGGGUUCGUUUUGUGUUGAUAUUGUAGAUAAUAAAUUACUAUCAACAUGGAUAUAUAUGUACGAUCUCCAGAGCCUUUAUCUGAUAAUGGAGAUAUGGCCCAAAAUUGGCAAAAAUGGAGAAAAGAUUUCAUGAUAUUUCUGAAAGCAAGUAAUUCUAUAAACAAAGAACCGGAUUAUCAAGCUUAUCUUUUAAGGACUUACAUAGGAAAGAUUGGCCAAGAUGUUAUAGAAAAAAUUGUUUCAAACCAUUUGAAAGAGAGAGAUGACAUGAAUAUAUUAUUAGCAAAACUUGAUAAAUACUUUCUUCCCCCAAAAAAUGAAGUUAUAGAAAGAUAUAACUUUUUUAAGUCACGCAAAAACUCCGAUAUCUCUAUUGAAAAUUAUAUUGUUUAUUUGAAAAAUAAAGCAAAAACUUGUAAUUUUGGAGAUAUGACAGACAGCAUAAUUAGGGACAAAUUAAUUAUUGAAUUUGAUGAUAAACGAAUGAGACAAAAGCUGUUUAAUGUAAAAAAUCUUAAUUUAUCAGAAUUUAUAUCAAUUUUUAAUGAACAUAAAUGUGCCAUGCAAAAGAAGAAACAGAAUACAAACCAAAAUAGAAAACAGAUAGAUAACAAUAAUAUUAAGAUUGAUAAUGUAUCUGCUAAGGACGUUACACAUUCUGAUAAAGAGACUAGUAAUUCAAAUAGGAAUGAAAAACGGGUAAGAAGACAAAAUAAAAAAAAAUGUAGCAAAUGUAAUCAGAGGCAUCCUAUGCAAGCUUGUCCUGCUUCGGGUCUUAAAUGUGAAAAAUGUUACAAAUAUAAUCACUACACUAAUUGUUGUCCAGUUCAGCCUGCAGACACUGAAAAAAUGGAACAUCCUACUGCUCCACCACUUUCUGAUAUUGACUACACAUUGUAUCCAAGUUUAUAUCAUGUCAAAACCUCUCAGGAGACACUGAACACAAAGGAAUGGUCAUGGAUGGAAAAUAGGUCUAGAAUAUUAAAUGAAAAUUUGCAAGGAAGUCAGGCAUCAUCGCCUCCAAGCACAGGACAAAAGACAAUGAAAACUUCUAAUGUCAAGAGUGAUAAAAUUCCUGCAGUAUCUAACGAUAACUGCCAACUAUCAUAAAAAAACAUAUGGAGAAUAUUGCAAUAUUAUAAAAUAAUUUCUUAAAUUCUUUUAUCUUUAAUAAAAACCAGAAUUGUCAAUAAGUGA